CUCUAUAUAUAUAUAUAUAUAUAUAUAUAGUUUAAGAUUUUAAAAUAAUUUAACAUGUGGGUCAACCUCUUAUGGGAUGUUUUUUUUAAAAAGUCUCUAUGGCUGAAUCCUGUCCUUUAAAAGGCUAUGAUGGGUGACCCUUGGUGGUAAAACUGUACCUAUUUCACUUAACAUUAAAUUAAAAUGUUAUUUAUUUGUUAUUAAAUUGUUAUUAUUAAAUUGUUAUUAAUAGAGUUUUAUAUAUUUUACAUAUAAAAUAUAUAUAGCUAAUUUCCAUAGCUAUAUAUAUUUCCAUAGCCGUGUCUUGUUUGGUUAGGUGGGAGAAAGGCCCAUUCAAAAAAAAGUCAAGGAACAUGAAAGGCCCCUGCAGAUUAUCUGUAUAUGCUUAUCUACUGUAUUGACCUAAUUACUGUAACAAAAGAAUGCUCCUCUGGAAAUAGGUAAUACACAUUCAAACCAUCCUAGGCAAAUGGGUACUUAUGAAAAUCAGGGCUAAUGAAUUACUUGUGCCUGGUACUCUAACCUAAUACACAAUCCUAUACCUCUAGGCUGGCUUCAUUUGAGGUCAGACACCCAAUUGUCAUUUAAUAGAUUUUUAUAUAUAAUUUAACCUCUGAGGAUGCCUGCCAUAGAUGUCCCCAUUGGGGAGAUGGUGGCGGGGUAUAAAUAAAGUAUUAUUAUUAUUAUUAUUAUUAUUAUUAUUAUUAUUAUUAUGUGGGCGAAACGUCAGGAGAGAAUACUUUUGGAACAUGGCCAUUCAGCCCGAAAGACAUACAACAACCCUAUAAUUUAAUCUGUUUCAUUGGAAGCUACGGCUUAUUUUUACAACAGAAAAUAGGGUACAUUAUUUUGUUUGUUUGCUUUAUAUAAAUAAUAACAAAAAGGAUGUAGAUUUUUAUUUUAUUUAUUUAUACAGGGAAUAUCAACCACUUUAGAUUAUAAACAUAUAACAUAAAUUCAACAAUCGACAAUUUUGUUUUACCAUCCAUUAGAGCAUUCAUGUAUUUCACCCCAUGUUCCUAGAAAAAAUGAGAAAUAAGAUUCUGUUAUGCUAGUUUUAAUUAAUUAAUCUAAUUACUAUAUUUAUAUAUUGGCCUUCUUACCAGAAAAGUGGGGGGGGGGGCAAUUUGGCUCACAAAUUAUACGUACAUACAAUAUAUUAUAUUAUUACCAUAGUACAAUAUUAACAUCAUAUAUUACCAUAUUGUACUAUGACACUAUACGGUAAUAUUAUUUAUAUAUGUGUGUGUGUGUGUAUGUGUAUAAUAUUACCGGUAUUAUAUUGUAAUAUUAAUAUUAGUAUUAUAUUGUACCACAUCAUAAUAUUAUUACCAAUAUUAUAUGUACAUACAAUAAAUUAUAUGUACAUACAAUACUGUAUAUUAUAUAUAAUAUUAUUAUCAAUAUUAUAUGUAUACACAAUAAUGUAUAUUAAAUUGAAUAUUAUAAAGUUUUAAGAGUUUAUUUUACUUACCAAGCCUCCAUGACGGCAAAGCCAUUUAGAUUCAUGAUCUAGCAAGAAUGCUGCGAUGCAUUCAGCUACAUUAUCGACAUGAACUUCUGUGUAGGGCAUUUUUCUGACUAAAAUGCAUCCAAAUAAUAUUAUAGAAAAAAUUCUGCCCCAGUUAAUCUUGCCAUCGGAAAAUGUUUGCUGCAUCACAUGUUGAAGGAUUUCACAGCUCUGUGUGGGGGUGUCCAAUUGCAGAGGUGAUAUUAUAGGAAAGAUCCUGGCAUCCAACUCAUUCAUUUUUUGUAAAGAGAUACAUAUCUCAGUAUCUAAUGAUGUUUUGGGGGCUUUUCCAGCUGCCAAAUUCAGGUAAGAUUGAAUAAUCCUGAACGUUUGUUUUUCAAUUUCUGGUAAUCUGUCAGGGUGGGUCCAAUCCAUGGUGUCUGGCGCGGUUUGGGUCUUGUAUGGAAAUGUGUCUCAGCAAUGAUUGCACAACCUGUUUAAUGCUUGCCUCUUAACCCUCUCCACCUUCUUAGAUUCAACAACUCAAACCAUCAGAAAUGAGCAACAUCAACCAACAUUUCUAUCCUAACGUUCAUAUCCAGUACCCAGCCAUCAUAGAAAAUAUGCCGUUACCAGAUGAAAUUACUUAUGAGGAUGUGCAAAUUUCUCAGCUGGAAGUGGAUGAUGCUCAAAUGAUGGAACAAGCACUUCGUCAUGAGGAUGCUGAUUUCAAGACUGUGGAGAAACCAAAGGCUAUUCCACCAACUUCCAAGCAUGCAGAUAAGGAGACCAACAUGCCCACUCCAAAGACUACCAAUCUAUCAACUUCAAAAACUCGAGGAACCCGCUUGAAGCGAGCCAGGCCAGAAACUCAGGAAUCAGCUAGACCUCAAAAGAAGAAGAAAGGCAACAAUGACAUUGUGCUGAAUUCGGAAGAUGAUCAUGACUGUGAAAUUAUGAGCACCGCGGGGGAAUGCUUUGCUGAAAUUCGUAGAUUGAACGAUGAAGCGGACGACAAUUAUAAACAGUCUAUUGCUUUAAAAAUGAGAUUGGAUCAAAUCGUCGGUCAUGAAAUUCCAAAACUUCUCAAAGCAAUUAAAGCAUGUAAAAAUUAUAACCCUCUUACAAACUCAACUCACUAUCAGAUAGGUAGAGGGUUGCACAAGCGGGGUAGAAGAAAGCAAAAGAAGCUCACACCUAGAGAACUGUACUGGAAAAGGAGACGUAGAUUGAUAACAAAGGCGAGAAAAACUCUUGCCAGGUCCAGAAGUAAACAAAAACAUAAAAGCAAUAGAGACUCAAUGAGGUCAGACCCGGCUUCUUCUUCCAGUACAGACACCCAGAGGGAUGGACAUUCUCCUGAACCUCAACAGGUAGAAUCCCCAUCUAACGAGGUUGAGUACCGACCUCAACAGGAAGACACCUCUGGUGAGGAGGAUGAUGGGUCACCCCCUGUGUUUGCAGAAUGCGUGCACAGGUGGCAAUUUACCUUUCCUAGUUAUAACACAUUGCGGAUCGGGGAGGUAUACCGUUUCAGAAAUUUAGAAACCGUGAGGUCAUAUGCACAGGUUAUAAAUGCAUUAUACACAGCGAUCCAGGGCAUCUUAGACAAUCUGAACCAGAGAAUUGAUCCCGAAGAUUUUGUUCAGGUGAGAUUAGAAGCCUCAGGGUUACGAAAUCCACUCUUCUCUUUUAAAAGAAGUAGGGAUCUCUUUAAUGCUGAGGAGUUUCUAGUCCAGCUGAGUCGUCUAUUACAGAGCAAUAUGGAAAUCUGCGCUCAUGGUGAUUUUGAGCUCGUGGUCACUAUAACAAAACCGCCACAAGGUGGAGCACGUCGAAAACUGAGUUCCAUUCCAGCCAGUGAAAUAAUUGCUAGGAAGAGACAGUAUCUGAUAGACCUGAAUUAUGCAGGUGGCAAUAUGUGUUUUGCUGGAGCUUUAUUUGGUGUUAUGAGUUUACAUAAACCCACAGAUUCAGAAAUGUUGACAGCUGCUCAAAAACUGCAUAUGGAACUCGGAUGGUCUGAUCAAAAAAAGGUAACCCUUAAUGAUAUUUCUACUGUUGAACAACAUUUAAGAGUCAAUAUCGAUGUUGCUUAUUACUCAAAAAAGUCAGAGUGGGCUCUGUUUAAAACACAGGGCCCCAUUUAUCCUCAAGCCUAUACUCUACUCUUACAUGAUGAGCAUUUCUAUGGGGUUCUGAAUGUAAAAGCGCUAUUUGGCAUCCGAAACUACUGUCAAUUUUGUCGCAAACUCUAUAAUCAUGACCAUCAUUCAUGUCUAUUUUAUUGCAGAAUGUGUUUGAGAAAGGGGUGUGAUAAUGUGAUAGGGAAACAGGUUCGAUGCCCCCGAUGUAAGUUUCAUUGUAGGUCUGAGGCUUGCUUAAAAUUACACCAACAGCUGGGUUUAGAGAAGAAAGUCAAAUGUCUAGCGAGAAUGUAUUGUACAAAGUGUCGAUAUUAUCAGGAGCUGGAUCACGAUGAUGAAAAGUGUAAAGGGAGACAGUGUACGGUCUGCUGGGGUUACAUUGUUGAAGAUGAGGGUCAUUUGUGUUACAUGCAACCGCUUAAACAGCCAAAGCUUUCUGUGAAAUAUUUAUUUUACGAUUUUGAAUGUCACCAGAGUACGGGGGCUCACGUGCCGAAUUUUUGCUUUGUAAAAGCUUAUUCUGGGGAGACUGUGGAGUGUUUUAAACCAGAUUUUGUGGAGGAGAAUAGUGGGUCUGAAGACAGUGAUGGUGAAAUUGAGGUGGAAGGGGAAAGGGAGCCAUGGAAGUUUGCAGGCAAAACCUGGGAAUUUAAGGGCGAAAACUGUAUUGAACAAUUUAUUAAAACGUUUACAAAAGAUGGAGCCUUUAAAGAUGCAACAUUCAUAGCUCACAAUUCAAAGGGAUAUGACUGUUAUUUUAUACUCCGACAGUUGGUGAAAGAAAAACUGGAUGUUGAAAUUAUAGCACAGGGUGGGAAGUUGAUCUGUGUUACUGUGGUAGGACUCUCCAUAAAAUUCAUUGACUCACUCAGUCACCUACCCAUGGCACUCUCUAAAUUACCAAAGGCUUUGGGAUUUGAGGAUGCCAAGGGGUAUUUUCCACAUUAUUUUAACAAGCCUGAGAAUUGGGAUUAUGUAGGGCCAAUGCCACAGCCCGAAUGCUAUGGCGUAGAAUACAUGAUGCCUGCUGAAAAGGCAGCCUUUACAGCCUGGUAUGCAGAGAACCAGUCAAAAACCUUUGAUAUGCAGAAAGAGCUUGCAUUCUAUUGUCAGAAGGAUGUUGAGAUUUUGGAGCAGGCCUGUACCAAGUACAGACAUGAAAUAGUGCAGCUCACAAUGGGUAUAAGAGAAGUCAUGGUAGGCAAGAAAAAAGACAAAGUCAAGAGGUACAGGGUCGCUAUUGAUCCUUUUCAAUACCCUACCAUUGCAGGUGUGGCUCUCGCCAUGUAUAGGUUCAAAUUUCUUAGGGUAAAUACUAUAGCGAUUCCAAGUUGUAAUGAUUACCAUAAUCAGUACAAGCGAUUCUCAUCCGCCUCUAUACAGUGGCUCUCUUUUGUCAGUCAUAAGGAAAAAGUUGAAAUACGUCACGCAUUGAAUGGUGGGGAGGUUAAAGUUGGAAAUUAUUUUCUGGAUGGUUUUGCAGUUGUGGAUGAUAAGAAAGUUGCCUAUGAGUAUUUCGGUUGUUUUUUUCAUGGUUGUUUGAUUUGUUAUUCUCCAGAGGAGGACAACCCCGUGGUGGGGAAAUCUUACGAGUUUCUUUUUAACGCGACACAGAAAAGGACCGCGGAGCUCCAAAGCCUAGGGUUUGAAGUGCGUUCCAUUUGGGAGCACGAGUGGAGAAAUAUGGUAAAAACAGAUUUGGAAGUCCAGGCUUAUCUUGCAAAAGCCAGUUUUCCUGAACCCCUAAAACCUCGCGAUGCGCUUUUUGGGGGUCGUACAAAUGCAAUAUGCCUCUAUUAUAAACCUAAAGAUGGGGAAUCUGUGAAAUAUUAUGACUUUACUAGUCUGUACCCCUAUGUAAACAAAACAAAAGAGUACCCCUUGGGGCAUCCUGAAAUCAUUUACAAGGAUUUCAAGCCCCUUUCAAAUUAUUUUGGACUAGUUAAGGCCAAGGUUUUUCCCCCUAGAAAUCUCUAUUUUCCAGUUUUGCCUUCCAGAAUCUCUGGAAAACUCAUGUUCGUACUGUGCUCAACCUGUGCAGAAGCACGACAUCUGGACCCUUGUGACCACACAGAUGAGGAAAGAGCGUUAAUUGGAACAUGGUGUACAAUCGAGUUGAAUGUAGCUAUAGAGAAGGGCUACAAAGUUGUUGAAAUUUAUGAGGUGUGGCAUUUUGAGCAUCGUUCUGCAGAUCUGUUUUCAGGGUAUAUAAAGAUGCAUCUUCGUCAAAAGCAGGAGGCUUCAGGUUACCCACAGUGGUGUGUGAGUAAACAAGAUAAAUCUAAAUAUAUAAGGGAUUAUCAUGCACGGGAGGGGGUGCGUUUACGCAGAAACAAGAUUGCAGUGAAUCCUGCAAAACGUCAAAUUGCCAAACUGUUUUUAAACUCAUUGUGGGGCAAGUUUGGACAGAGAACAAAUUUACCUGUCACACAAGUACUGAGAGAUCCUGAGGAUUUCUUUCAGAUUCUAUUUUCUGAUGCUUAUAAGGUGUCCAUGUCUGAAUGUCUGGAUGAUGAGGCUGUCUGUCUCUCAUGGAAAUAUUCAGAGGACCGUGUGACAACCGCUGGGCGUAAAAAUGAAUUCAUAGCAUGUUUUACCACUGCUUAUGCUAGACUUGAACUCUACAAGUUGCUAGAUAAAUUAGGUAGUCGUGUUUUGUAUCACGACACGGACAGUGUCAUUUUUGUGAGUCGGGAAGGGGAAUGGGAACCGCCUCUAGGAGAUUAUUUAGGGGAUCUUACUGACGAAAUUUCAUCAGGCCGGUCUAUCACAGAAUUUGUCAGUGUAGGUCCAAAAUCCUAUGGAUAUAAAUUGACUGAUGGCACAGCUUGUUUGAAAGUUAAGGGAAUCACCCUGAAUAGUGCUAACUGUGAGAAAAUUAAUUUCAGCAGUCUAAAAGACUUGGCAUUCGCUUACGUCUCGGACAAGAAAGGCUGCCAGCCUCGUGAAAUUGUGAUACAUCAGCCGGGUAUUGUUCGAAAUAAGCGUCAGUGGACGCUUCAUACGAAAACCCUCAAAAAAACACAGAAGGUUGUUUUUGAUAAAAGAGUAAUUAAAGACGGAUUUACAACGCUCCCUUAUGGAUACUGAUUUGCAGACCCGAUGGCAGCAUCCCUUCUCUGCUAUUCUAGCAGGUCCGAGUGGCUGUGGUAAAACCUUUUUUAUAAAAAAUAUGCUGGAUAAUGCCGAUCAUGUGUUCUCUGUACUACCUCAAAAUAUUGUGUGGUUUUACAGUUGCUGGCAACCCCUGUACAAUGAAC